CUUCCUUCCUUUUCUUGUUGAGAACCCUCUCCUUUCGCUCUCUCACUCUUUGAUUUUACUCUUUCACAUUCACCCGCACUCAACUAUCUCCUCCUCCUUUCCUUCUUCAUCCGACAUUCUCAUUCAUCCAUAAACUCUUUAUCCUGAUCUCCAUACGUCCUUGAUUCAACUUGCUCUUCCUAUAAUAUAGUGCAAUGGAGGAAGUACAUGAACCACAUCAAUCAACUGAUAUUGAAAAAUUCAGCCAUGAGCCUCCACAUGACAUGAAGGAGGUUGAGGAGGACUUGGCUACCAACAUUCAAGUUGCUGGUCCUAUUCCUAUCGCUGGUGGUCUUAUUAUCGUUACUGAGCUUUGUGAACGUUUUGCAUACUAUGGUGCAUCUAUGUUGUUCCAGCGUUACAUGUUGGAGCAUCUGUUGCUUUCAAAGGGCACAGCCACAGCCAUUUCCCGCGGAUUUAGUUUCUUUUCAUACAUCACAUCGAUCUUUGGUGCUGUUGUUGCUGACAAGUGGCUCGGAAAGUUUAAGACAGUUCUUAUUUUCGCUAUCGUCUAUACUCUUGGUUUGAUUCUCCUGACUGUAUCCGCAAUCGACAGCCUUAAGGAUACUCUCGGCCUGCCCGGUUUCAUUGUUGCCUUGUACUGCUUGAUCUCAUGGGGUACCGGUGGUAUCAAGUCCAACGUCUCAACUUUCGCUGCAGAGCAGGUCCCUGAGGAAGAUUACGCCCACCCAAAGAAGGCAGGAUAUACCAUCAACCACGCUAUCACUGUCGAGCGUAUCUUCCGUUACUUUUACAUGGCCAUCAAUGUCGGAGGUCUUCUAGGUCAGGGUAUCACCCCUACGGUCUCCGACUAUGGUUGGGAUCUUGCUUUCAUGAUCCCCGCCAUCGUCUUUGUCAUCGGCAUCAUUGUGUUUGCACUUGGAAAAAAUAAGUACUAUGAUCGUCCUCCUAACGGUUCAGUUCUCGCCAAGAGCUUCAAAUGCGUUAUUUAUGCCUUCCGUCACCGCAGCAAGCGUGCUCCAGGCACUCAUUGGAUCCAGGCUGCCAAGGUUCCUUCAGCCAACCAGCCUCUGCCAUGGGAUGAAAAGUAUGUCGAUGAUAUGGAGCGUACCUACCAUGCCUGCAAAGUUUUCAUGGUCUACCCUCUCUACUGGGCCUUGUACAACAACAUGAACGACAACUUUAUCAAUAUGGGUAUCAACAUGACACGUCCAAACUGGCUCAAACCUGAGAUGUUGUCGUUCGUCAACUCAGCCGUCAUUGUUAUCUUCAUUCCUAUCCUCGACAUGUUUAUUUUCCCCUUGCUUCGUAAAGCCGGAUUCCGCCUUGGACCAAUUAACCGAAUCGUCAUUGGCUUCUGCAUUGUGACCUUCUGCUUCGUCUAUGUCACAGUCCUCCAGCACUUCUUAUACAAGAGCGGUCCAUACUACGAUUUCUCUGGCAAGGACCCUAAUGAUCCAACCCGCACUAUCAUCAUACCUCAAAAACCCAAUUACCCCAUCAACGAUUUGACUAUCUGGACCCAGAUGCCUGCAUACAUCUUUAUCGGUAUCUCCGAGAUUUUCGCAUCUGCAACUGGUCUGGAGUUCGCAUUCAAGUCCGCAGCGCCCGAGCUCAAGUCGGUAGUUAUGUCUUUGUUCUUGGCCACCAACGCAUUCGGUUCUUUGAUCGGUAUGAUUCUUGCCAUCUGGAGUAACGAUCCUAACUUUGUAUAUGUAUAUGGUGCACAAGCUGGAGCCAUGUUUAUCGUGACAAUAUUCUUCGCAUGGCGUUUUGCCAGGUUGGAUGACAUAGUCUAAACCUUAGAAGGAUUGAGAAAAAAAAAAAUGCCCAUGUUGGCUGUAAUGUUUCUUGUGCAUAUAUAUAAAUAAUAAAAUCUACGAGUAAUUUAUUCAUCCAUAUUUUUAUAAAUAUCAAACAAC